CCUGCUGUGACGUCAUGAACAGCUGAUAAUGUUGUGUAAUUUGAAAAGUGCAGUGUGAACAUAUUCAUACGACUACGAGUUCAACAAACAGUGGAGUGACCGGUUGCUGUGUUUCUGGUUCAUAAAGUCCUCUGAAGAUAACGGAAGAAAGCAGAAGAUCUGCUUUGAUGCACCUACCAAAGACUGUCCUAUUCCUGUGCGUAUUUGGUGUUUUGAUUGGAUGUUUCUGGCCGUUUGGUUCCAUCAUGAGUAUCUAUAGGAACAGUGUGUUCAUAGUCAAGGGACUUCGAGAAUUCUGCAAGAGUGGCUAUGAGCACGCAGCAAAGUCGUUUGACAAGGCAGCAUUGGAUGUUGAUGUUUCUAGCCAAGCAUUCCUCAUCACUGGUGCUAACAGUGGUAUCGGCAAGAGUGCCGCUCUAGCAGUGGCACAAAGAGGUGGCACAGUACAUAUGAUUUGUAGGAAUCAGACGAGAGGAGAGGAAGCAAAGAAAGAGAUUGAAACUACUACAGGAAAUCAGAAAGUGUUUCUUCACAUUGUUGAUAUGUCAGACUCACAGAGAGUAUCAGACUUUGCCAAGGAGUUUGCAGAAAGUGGAAAGGAAUUACAUGUUCUGGUAAACAAUGCUGGUUGCAUGGUGAAUGAACGUGAGAUGACCUCCGCUGGGUAUGAGUUCAACUUUGCUACAAAUGCCCUAGGGACGUACAUCCUCACAUCACAUCUCAUACCUGUUCUACAGAAAGCAGAGAAUUCGAGAGUGAUAACAGUAUCUUCAGGUGGAAUGUACACACAGAAGCUUGAUCUGAAUAACUUACAAAGUGAGAAGACGGCCACCUUUGACGGAACGAUGUCGUAUGCAAACCAAAAACGUCAGCAAGUGAUCAUGACGGAGCAGUGGGCCAAGAAGUACCCCGAGAUCAAGUUCUUCACGAUGCAUCCAGGCUGGGCUGAUACACCGGCUGUACAGAACUCCAUGCCAGACUUCCAUGCAAGGUUUAAGGAUAAACUGAGAUCCCCAGAGCAGGGAGCAGACACGGUCAUUUGGUUGUGCCUGGCUAAGGCUCCGUUGGAUGCAGAGAGUGGAGGCUUUUACUUGGAUCGCAAACCUCAGUCGAAGCAUCUUCCUCUGGCAUGGACCAAAUCAUCAGCUGGAGAUGAAGAGAAACUCAUGACGAUACUAGAAGACAUGUCUGCAAAGUUCAGCAAAGAAUAAGCUUGUGACAGCGUAAAAGUGCCAUGGUCAGGACAUGAAUACGAUUAAAAAUCAGGAUUUAUAUAGCGCUUAAUUCGAAAUACUGUAUCUAAGCGCUAUACUGAUAGUAUUAUCACCCUGGUCAUCGAAUUCAUAUGCACAGUGCGCAACAUCUCCACUCCCUGGGGAGUAUUGCUACCAUAUGGUCACCCUGAGGGCAUAUGGCAAUUGAUGUCAUAAAGGCUUUCGUCAUCCUACCUACCAGUUCACCGUUUCUCUCCUGGGAAACUUUUCAAUUUCUUAAGAUCAUGAGCUUUCAUUCAUGUAUAUGAUAUAUAUUUCAUUUAUAUCAAUGUCUACUUCAAAGGGCAAUCCAACCCUUGUUUGAAAUGAAUCAGAACAAUAGUCAGCAAGUUAUGACUGUUUGAAAUAUGAGAUCACUAAGUCUAUGCAAAUCUCAAAUCGAUAGUUUGGUUAGUGGAUUGUGACGUAGGACGUGGACAACUCUCCC